AUGGACAAUGGAAAACCAGUCGACGCGGCCUCUGCUGACGUGCGGUUUGCCGUCCAGCUAGCUCGUUACUUCGCCGGCUAUGCUGACAAAAUCCACGGCAAGGUUAUUCCCGCUGAUGGUAACGUGGUCUGCUGGACACGUCAUGAGCCCGUUGGUGUAGUUGGAGCCAUCAUUCCCUGGAAUUUCCCUUUCCAACUAGCUCUCCUCAAGAUCGCCCCCGCAAUAGCCUGUGGUUGUUCCAUUGUGCUGAAACCCGCUGAGCAAACCCCCCUCACUGCCAUCUUCCUUGGUUCGCUUGUAAAGCGCGCCGGCUUCCCGCCGGGUGUGAUUAACAUCGUUCCCGGAUUCGGUGAGACCGCUGGCGUUGCCCUGGUAACCCACCCCGAUGUCAACUGCGUCGCCUUCACAGGCAGCACCGUCACCGCUGGCGUUGCCCUGGUAAACCACCCCGAUGUCAACUGCAUCGCCUUCACCGGCAGCACCGUCGUUGGCAAACUGAUUAUGCAAUCUGGUGCCUCGCAGACAAAACGCGUGGCUCUGGAACUUGGCGGCAAAUCACCCCUCAUUAUUUGCGAUGAUGCCGACUGUAAGUCUCGCAACGCAUGCUUUUCAAGUAAAUUUGCAAGAAGAGAGAGGGUGGGGUAA